AUGACUUCCACUUUAACUAAUGAUGAGAUGUCUUUUGAAGAUGCAAUGGCUCAUUUUUGUGCCAUGUUUCCGUUAGUUCCAAGAAGUGUCAUUCAAGAAACAAUACAACGACGAUAUGGAGAGAUUGAUUAUGUUUUAGAAGAUUUAUUAAGAUAUUCAGAGAGUCUUCAACCUUCAACAUCAAGAGAACAUUUUACUAGUAAUGUUCAAUAUCAAGAUACUCAACCACCUCCAUAUGAUGUUGUUAUGGGUGUUGUUGAUACAAGUAAUGAUGAAAUAAUUGCUAAAAUGAUGCAAGAUGAGGAGUUUAGAAAAUUUGCUCAAUCUGAUAAAGAAUUAAGAGCAUUAAUUUGUACAGAAAAAGUUUACCGUAAUGAGAGAUGGAAAAAUAUACCAACACAAUCACAAAAACCACCUGUUGGAAGUUGUGUUAAUUCUAAUGAUAGAAUUUUUAAUGAUGUAAUUUUACCAGUACCCAAUGGACCAAUAGUAGAUUAUGAUACAGAUUCAAAUGUACCAAAUGGUCCAGUAAUAUGUGAUGGUUUUAAAAAUUAUUCAACAUUUAGAGAAAAAUUAAGUAACAAAUUUAAGACAUUACGUAAAUCUUCUACCUCAUUAACAGGUACAAAUACAUCAAGAGUUUUUGAAAAUGAGAUACCAGAUGAAAGAGAUAUAUAUCCUAACACAGGAGCUUUUGAAUAUGAUUUAAAAGAUUAUCAACAUACUAGUCGCGUUAGAGAAAUGGGAAAAGCUUCCAAAGAUAAAUUAAUGAAGUUAGUUGCUAGAUUUAAAGCCACCAGAAAUGGUAAUAUAAAUUAUGAUUAUUAA